AUGGCCUCCGAAAUAAAACACCAAACAGACCUCGAAAAAUCCUCCAGCAUAGAUCACACUCCUCGACUACGCAGCGCAUCCUCAGAUGAAGAAUCAGCAAUCGGCUACGACGAACCCCAAGGACCACACGAUGACCUCGACCGCGUUCCUACGGCAGCAAGCGCCAUAGCCCGCACGCUAUCAGCUGUGCGCACACGGGAAUCCGGCAAAUCUCUCGGUCCACCCCCAGACGGUGGUUUCCAGGCCUGGUCGCAGGUUGCGCUGGCGCAUUUUGUCAUCUUCAAUACCUGGGGCUAUAUCAAUAGCUUUGGAGUAUUCCAGACAUACUAUACCCAGACGCUGGGUCACCCGCCCUCGGAUAUCUCCUGGGUGGGAAGCAUUCAGAUCUUCCUGCUGUUCUUUAUUGGGACCUUCUCUGGCCGCGCCACCGACGCUGGGUAUUUCAAGGUUACACUUGCGGUUGGUGCUACACUUGAAGUCUUUUGUAUCUUUAUGACUUCCCUGUGUACGAAGUACUGGCAGCUAUUCCUGGCUCAGGGUCUUGGUCAGGGUAUUGGAUGUGGACUUAUGUUUUGUCCGACCUUGGCUCUUAUUUCGACUUAUUUUGUGAAGAAUCGCGGCAUUGCUAUUGGUAUUGUGGCUUCGGGUUCGGCGACAGGUGGGCUAGUCUUCCCGGCUGUUAUCAUGCGUAUGCUGCCGCGAGUCGGGUAUGGAUGGACAGUGCGGACGCUGGGCUUUAUUUCAUUGGCCACAUUGAUUCCUUGUGUGCUUUUCCUGAAGCAGCGUCUUCCACCACGGAAGAGUGGCCCGCUUGUUGAAUGGGCUGCUUUCACGGAGAUGCCGUACCUGUUGUUUGCUAUUGGCAUGUUCUUGAAUUUCUGGGGCUUGUACAUCGGUUUCUUCUAUAUCGGCAGUUUCAGUCGCAACAUUAUCGGCGUUUCCACUGACAGAUCGAUCGAUCUGCUGUUGGUCAUGAACGGAGUCGGUCUGGCCGGUCGACUUGUCCCCAAUUUGCUCGCUGAUCAGUUCACCGGACCUCUCAACCUGUUGAUUCCCUUCAGUUUCGCCACGGCCCUGGUGGGCUAUUGCUGGGCGGCUGUCAAAGGCAUGGGAGGGUUGUGGACAUUUGCUGUGUUUUAUGGUCUCUUCGCAGCUGGCAUUCAGUCAUUGUUCCCCGCGACUCUCAGCACCCUCACAACUGAUCUCAAGAAGAUCGGCGUGCGUAUGGGCAUGGUGCUCAGCGUGGUAGCUGUGGCUGCUCUCAUUGGAUCGCCUAUUGCGGGUGCGCUGGUUGAGCGUGACGAUGGCAAUUAUCUCUACGCUCAGAUGUUCAUGGGGAGUGCGAUCAUCGCGGGUGGAAUCACCCUGUCUGGGGCCCGAGUGACCAAGGUAGGCACUGGAUUAGCGCGAGUAUAA